UAGGAUGCGCAGAGGCAUUUAACUUCCUCCUCAGCGAAGACGUCUCCUCUGAUUUCUUUCUCUGCAGCACGACGAGAGACUUACGAGCUGCUCAUCCCGUGACCAUCUCUCCAUUUGAAUUUCGAAUAUUAUAUUUGUGAUACUUCUGGCUAUUCGGUUUUGUAGUCUAAUAUUGGGUGAAAAUAGCUUUACGAUGAUUUCAAAUUUUUUAAUAGCCUUUUUUGCAGUCUGCUGUAUUUUUGGAAUGAGUAUCGCGGAUGACUUAACGAUACAAACAUCGACCGGUAUCUUACAUGGUAAACAGUCUGAAGUUCUAAACAAAUCACUGAGACUGUUUCUAGGUAUCCCAUACGCUCAACCCCCUAUAGGUAAUUUAAGAUUUAAGAGACCAAUUGAACUUCUCUCUGAAGAUGUUGAACGUGAUACUACUGAAUUUUGUCCUAGCUGCUACCAGUCACCCCACUUGGUAUCUCUCAUCAGUCCUUUACUAAAACCUAACGAAGCAGAAAUAAGUGAAGACUGCCUUUAUCUUAAUGUAUAUAUUCCAGGUGAAAGAAAACCGGAUAGGCCGUUGUCUGUUAUGGUUUGGUUGGCAGGAGAAGGUUUCAGUUUUGCUGAUCCGCGGCAGUUUGAUGGCCGUUAUUUAGCAGUAGAAGGAAACGUAAUUGUUGUAACUCUGGGCUAUAGGUUAGGUGUUUUUGGUUUCCUAAAUGCGGCUACAGCUGAUGCGCCAGGUAAUGCUGGACUUUUCGAUCAACGGAUGGCUUUGAAAUGGGUAAAGAAAAAUAUCGCUAAAUUUGGUGGUAACCCACAAAAUGUCACAUUAUUUGGUCGUUUUACAGGCUCAAUGAGCGCUGCAAUUCAUGCAUUUUCCCCUCUUAGCAAACAAGAGAAAUUAUUUGAUAGAGUUAUUUUGCAGAGUGGAGUUCCCGUUGGAGAUUGGGUUUUCGAACGAAACCCCUUGAAUACAACGUUUUCGUUGGCAGAAGCUGCAGAAUGUGUUUUCGAAAACAUUUCAGACGUUGUAUCAUGUUUACGAAAUCUGCCAUCUGAUGUUCUUCUCAGUUCCUCGAUUUCAAUUCCUGAAACUUGGAGACCCAGUUACGAUUUCACUUUAGUUUUUGAAAACACCUUGAAAUCUGUUAUUAGAGGCGAAUAUGCGCCACUUGAGAUUCUUGUUGGCAUCACAAAUGAUGAAGGGAGUCUUUGCACUACUGUUCUCAGUGCAAUUGGAUCACCUUUAUACAAGAGACUUGUAGAUGGAACCCUCACGUCACAAGAAUUUAAAGACCUUUUAAUAAAAAAUAUGAUAGAUGUAUUUAAGCACAAUGAUACUUUAAUAAACAAACUGGCCAUCUACAAUUACAAUACUCCAGAACUUUCAAAACUGCGGGAAGAAUUUGUAAAAUUCUGUGGAGAUAUGCAUGUUAAAACUCACGCUUUGAAAUUAGCCGAUAUAAUCGGCUAUAAGCAACAGAAAAUUUUCGUGUACGAGUUUGUAUACAGACCCUCUUUCUCUAACCAUCCUGAAUUUAUUCGAGCCGCCCAUGGAGAUGACGUGCUGUUUACAAUGGGCCUUCCCCUCCAGCUUACAAACCUUACUGAAGUUGAACGCCAACUCACGAAUCGUAUGGUGAAGAUGAUUGCAAACUUUGCUCGCAAUGGAAACCCCAGUACCGAGGAUCUUCAGGAAAGCUGGCCUGAAUAUACAAUUGAAAAGCGCCAAAUUUUAAAAAUAGGACAAGAAAGUGUUGUGGAACAAAGCCCGCUUGAUAAAUCCGUGGAGUUUUGGCAUGGUAUCAUGCCAGCUGCUCAAAAAAGAAGCUGCGCGGCUCCGGCAAUGGCUGCCUUCCUCGCCUCAGAUGAUCAAGAACAUCUCUCCCGUAAAGUCGGCUUCCUAGGUUCUUACAUCAGCGUACCCACAGCUGAGUACUUAAUGGUGGCAUUAGGUCUCGGUACAAUAGUCCUAUUAAUACUAAUGUCAUUAUCUCUGGCGUUGAUGGUAAAAGUAAGAGCACUAAUGGAACUACAAGAACAUAGAGAACAAAAAGCACCAUUUCUGGAUGCAUAAUGGAUUACAUGACUUUUAAAAGUGAAAUAACAAAAAACUUUGCAUGCUGUAUUUUUUUUUUUUUUUUUUACCUUUAAACUAAUAAUUUGCUUAAACUAAAAGUCAUUUGAUAAACUAUAACGCACAAAUUUUUCAAAGAAGAGGUUAAGGUCUAAAAAUAAGAUUGGUAAAUUUUAUUUUAAUUUUGAUUAAACAUGCUACAGACAACUAAGAAUACAUUCAAUAAUUUUUGGAAAACAGUAAUAGAUGGCAGAGAAAAUUUCACGAAAUUAUUUUAAUACUAUUUGCGACUGUUAAGAUAUUAUAAGAAACAACGUAACAGCUCUAACGAUGUAUCAAGAAGACAGGGAUCCGAUCUAGUUUGUACGCUGUUAAGACCAUUGUGGUAUAGGUAAAUUUGAAAAUUUGCAUGCAGCAUUUGUACUGAAUUCAAAUGACGUAUAAAUUUUGCAUGCAGAUUAGAAAUUUUCAUAUUUAUUUUAAUGCAAUUAGAAGAAGGUUUAAUAACUUUUCUAUGUACUCUUCUAAGCUGUACCUCAAAAUUAGAAGUUUGAUGCAAAUACAGCUAUAAAAUGUCUUAGAAAUUCUAUCCACACAUAAUUUUGAAAGGUUUCAUGAAUUUAUAUACUUAUGUUUUUUUUAAAUGAUCGGUAGGUUAAAUACAUGAAAUCUCAGUUUUAUGAGAAAUGCAUACUUAAAUACUGUGCACUUCUGUAAUAUUCUACGUACUGCCUCGUACUAUACACUGCCACUCAGAAUGCUAUACACUGCCACAUGGAAACCAGCCAUGCGAAAAAGAUAGAAAAAAACAAAAAAAAAAAGGAGGGUUGAAUCCCUGUGCCUGUUUUUUUAAUCAGUGAACAGUUAAGUUCCAUGCCAAUAUUUUCUCAGGAAACCAUUUGAACACGCACAAACUUUUUUCAUACAGAAAUAUAUUCGAAGCACAGAUUUUUUUACAUUUAUUUACACCUAUGCUAUAUAUUUAAGCAUAUAAAAAAUAGUAAAUAAAGAAAUAUUUCUUUUACCUUAAAAUACUCAUAAGAUCAUACUUGCAUUUUCACAGUUCCGAAUCCUGAAGAUUUCAUUUCACACCAGAUAAGUAGUGGUGUUUUCAUUUUUGUUUUGUUUUGUCUUUUUAUGAACCACUUGGAAGUUUUUCUUUAGCUAACUUAUUACUGGAUGCCCUUUAUUGUAAAGCAUUAUUUUGAAAAGUUUUUAUAAAUAUACUAAUGAUGGAAAUGUUACAGCUUCAUAAAAUGCUAAAAGAUUUCGCUAUGGUAUAUAAUGCCUGAAGCCAACAUUUAAUAUCUCCAUUUAGUUUCCAUGCAACCUCCAAGUUUCUAAUCUCAUACAAACGGUGAAGAUUUCAAUGCAUGAAAUAUUAGUUAAUUAGAUGUGAGAAUAAAAUUUGCAGUAUUUCAUUACAACUGAGUUUACGGCUGUUGUACGUUUUCAGAAAUAUUUUUGAACAAAACCUGAGGAAAGCACAAAUUCCUCAAAUUUAAAAUUUUCAAGUUUCUAAAAAAACAAAUUAAUAGCUCAUAGAAAAGAAAACCGAGGGAGGCAAAACUUCUUCAAUUUAAAAUUUUCGAAUUCAUUAAAAAUGAAAAUAAAUUAACAGGUAGUAAAAGAGAGAUAAUGAGAAACCUUUAAAAACACAUUCAGUAGAACCAGAAGAAAACAAAAUAUCUGUUCUAAAAUAAGAAACAGUUAACUAAAGAGAUAAAAUUUAUUGCAAAUAUAAGAUGUUUAUCCUUUUUAAUAAGAUUAUUAGAUAUGAAACUCAGUAAAGAAAUAUUGAAGAUAUUAUAGCUUAAAUAUGUUAGAGCGAAAGAAAAUUUUAAAAUGUAAACAUUUUUACAAUUGUAUACCAUGAGAAAACUGCACAUUCGUUAUCCUUAGUGUGCUAUACAACAUUUUUAUGGCAUUUGUACUUGCAUAUAGCUGAUUUUUCAUUUCAUGUGCAUGUUAUAUGUUCUUAAUAUUUUUAUCAAAUAAACUCAUUUUUUAGCUUGCUGUAA